UACACUCUUGGAGUUGGAGGUUCAGCUAUUGCUCGUGGCUUAACUCCCAAUCUGGUUCAGUUCAUCUUCCAUUAAUCCCUACUUCAAGUUCGCCUUCAUUAUCUUGGGACCUUCUCGAAUUUCGGUUGUUUUGCGGCACUGAUAUUUUGCAGGCAUUGUUUUUUGGAGGACAGGAAAACGUGUCGUCCUUAUUGGCUCGCCAUACCAUCCCGGCACUGGGGAUCGUGGUAGAUCCAUGUGCAGCAGUGCUGGUUCUCUUUGUGACUAUACUUUUGUGCUUGGGAAUCAAAGAGAGUUCAUUGGCACGAACUGUCGUCACGACAAUAAACAUUUGCGGGAUGAUCUUUAUCAUAACAGCUGGCCUGGAUAUGAUCUGGCUUCCGGGUAUCUUCCUUCUGGAUUUAAUGGGAUGCUUGCAGGAUCUGGGAUAGUGUUCUUUUCGUUCAUUGGCUUUGAUGUAGUAGCUAGCACAGCUGAAGAGGUGAAAAAUCCGAAAAGAGAUUUGCCUAUUGCCCAGGAUGUUCAUGGCUAUGGCUAGAGAUGGAUUGUUACCGUCAUUCUUUUCAGACAUUGAUAAACACACCCAGGUUCCAGUGAAGAGCACGAUAGUGAUUGGGAUUCUUGCUGCAGCCCUAGCAUUUUUCAUGGAUGUUUCACAGUUAGCAUGGAUGGUGAGUGGAUUGUCAAGAAAAUUCAUGCAAGUUUGUGAAUAUGAAUACUAGAACUUUCAUUCACCUUUUUUUUUAAAGGUGAGUGUGGGUACAAUACUUGCGUUCGCUGCUGUUGCAGUUUCUUUCCUGAUACGUUCCGCCAGAUGUAGUCCCCCUUGCCUCAUCAUUUCUUGAGUCUAUUGAUGCUUCUUCACCUUUGCUGCUUGGUGGUGGUGAUGUUGAGGAUGUUUCUAGCUUGAAAUUUAAGGAUCCCGUCAAGUUCUUUGAUCAUGGUGAAGGCAUACACCGUGGAGGGACUUCGAUUAGAACUUGUAUCUGUCACAAACAAAUUGAUCUAGGUACUGCUCUCUGUUGAUUCGUAUUGAAUGCUACCCCAAUUGAUAUCCCACAAUUGCUUUUGAAACCCCAAUUGGUUGCCUCUAAGCCUGUGUUAGUGCAUCAUAUUCGAACUUAUGAAUAUCAGAUGUGAAAGGGAUUCAUUGCUACCAAUGUUAUCUACCCUGCACCAGUUCUUGUGAUUUUGAACAUUGUGUUUUUUCUCUACAGGAUUCUACGAUUCACAUCUUGUAUAGUGGGUGGAGGUCUUCUUUUGUGUGGUCUGAUAGCUCAGGAUAAUGGGAGGCACACCAAGACAUUGAGUCAUUGACUGCCCAGUGCCAUUGAUGGAUAAACUAUUGUCGAAAUCUUUCCAGGUUUCACUUGCCCUUUCGUUCCAUUCCUACCAGUUGCUCACUUGCUUGCAUUCUUGUCAACACGUACUUGCUGGUGAAUCUGGGGUGAGUUAAUAUUAACGGCAGAAUAAAAUAAUGUAUAUCUCAAUUUAAGCAAAGAAAGCAUUGAUCUUUCCCAUUUUUCACCCUCUAAUGAAUGGAAAUGCAUACAAGGGCGGGACGUGGCUCCGAGUAUCAGUAUGGCUGCUGAUUGGAGCAGUUAUCUACUUGUUCUAUGGUCGGACUCACAGCUCUCUCAUGGAUGCCGUUUACGUUCCUAAUGCAUACGCAGAUAAGGUAUAUCGUGCUUCGUCAAGUUACCAGGUCGGAGAAGAUUAGUGCACAACAUGUUACUAAUGAUGAACUACUACAACCCCAAGACUUUUAUCAUUUCAACCGUUGUGUUGAAAGGUGAAAUUUUAAUGGGCUAUAUAUAUGCUUCGUAAAUUAAAUGUAUUUCUUAAUCUUAGGCUGACAGAUAUCAGAGCCAGCCAGCCAACAAAUUGUAUAAUUGUGUGAGCUGGGAUUGAAAACAAAGUGUAAAUAGCUCUUUUUGUACAGAUUAAAACAUGUAGACCAAUCUCUACAUAGCUUCACUGUUACAUUCUUGCCAAGAACAUUUGGAGUGGUCUUUUUCAUAAGAAACAAUUACCAAGGAA